GGGGCUUCCAGAGGCAGGAAUCUCAGAGUUCUAUAAAGCCUAAUGGGGCACCUCUGGGUAACUCUCCCCAGGACUGUGAAUUGCUGGCUUUCUGCUUAUUUCUCUGGAAAUGCAACGGCUGUUGACUUCAGUGAAGCGGGUCUUGCAAGUGAAGAAAGCAAUGCAGGAAGCCUCGCUCUCACCUGCUAGCCUUCUCCCAGGAGCCCACCAAAGGUUUUCUACAGUUCAUGCUGUCCCCUUGGCCAAAACAGAUACUUGGCCAGAGGAUGUGGGGAUCCUUGCCUUGGAGGUCUAUUUCCCAGCCCAAUAUGUGGACCAAACAGACCUGGAGAAAUAUAACAAUGUGGAAGCAGGGAGGUACACAGUGGGCUUGGGCCAAACCCAUAUGGGCUUCUGCUCAGUCCAGGAGGACAUCAACUCCCUGUGCCUGACGGUGGUACAGCAGCUGAUGGAACGCACGCAGCUCCCGUGGGACUCUGUGGGCAGGCUGGAAGUGGGCACUGAGACCAUCAUCGACAAGUCCAAGGCUGUCAAAACAGUGCUCAUGGAGCUCUUCCAAGAUUCAGGCAACACUGACAUUGAAGGCAUAGAUACCACCAAUGCCUGCUACGGUGGCACUGCCUCCCUCUUCAAUGCUGCCAACUGGGUAGAGUCCAGCUCCUGGGAUGGUCGCUAUGCAAUGGUGGUCUGUGGAGACAUUGCAGUCUAUCCCAGUGGUAACGCUCGUCCCACAGGUGGGGCUGGAGCCAUGGCCAUGCUGGUUGGACCCAAGGCCCCUCUGGCCCUCGAGAGAGGGCUUAGGGGAACCCACAUGGAGAACGUAUACGACUUCUACAAACCAGAUGGGGCUACAGAGUACCCAGUGGUGGAUGGGAAGCUCUCCAUCCAGUGCUACCUACAGGCCUUGGACAGAUGUUACACAUUAUACCGUCAAAAAAUCCAGAACCAGUGGAAGCAAGCUGGCAUCGAUCGGCCUUUCACUCUCGAUGACUUACAGUUUAUGAUCUUUCACGCACCCUUCUGCAAGAUGGUCCAGAAAUCUCUGGCUCGCCUGAUGUUCAAUGACUUCCUGUCAGUCAGCAGCAACGUGAAGACCAGCCUGUAUAAGGGGCUGGAGGACUUCAGGGGGCUAAAGCUGGAAGACACCUACACCAACAAGGACCUGGAUAAGGCACUUCAAAAGGCCUCUCUGGACAUGUUCAACAAGAAAACCAAGGCCUCCCUUUACCUCUCCACGCACAACGGGAAUACAUACACCUCAUCGCUGUAUGGGUGCUUGGCCUCCCUUCUGUCCCAGCACUCUGCCCAAGACUUGGCUGGCUCCAGGAUUGGGGCCUUCUCUUACGGCUCUGGCUUGGCAGCGAGUUUUUUUUCAUUUCGAGUGUCCCAGGAUGCUUCUCCAGGAUCCCCCCUGGAGAAGCUGGUGUCCAGUGUCUCAAACCUGCCAAAACGCCUCGCCUCCCGGAAGCGUAUGUCUCCCGAGGAGUUCACAGAAAUAAUGGACCAAAGAGAACAAUUCUACCAUAAGGUGAAUUUCUCACCACCUGGUGACAUAAGCAGCCUGUUCCCAGGCACCUGGUACCUGGAACAAGUGGAUGAGCUACAUCGUCGCAAGUACGCCCGGCGACCGGUCUAAAGGUGAUCCAUGGAGUGGUUCCUGAGAAAUCUACACCAGCAGAAUUUCUGCCCACGGAUCAUAUUUUUAAAAGCCCACUCUUAGAUGGAAAUGGACUGGAUCCGACACAGUAGCCCCCAGAAGCACUGCCCCUGGAGGGUGAGGGGCCAUCCUUAGUGCUCUUUAUGCCUUUCUCUGCCACAGUCACUGUCAAGGGCUUAUGGUACUGCAGCGGUCUUCUGGGGAGGAGGGGUUGGAAAGAAGGCCUAGCUCACAAUCGCUGCCCUCCAGAACUGUGAAAUCAUCCAGAUAACUUUGCUUAUCACAGCUUUGUGGCUGUUGGUAUCAUUAUUAAAUUUCUGUGCUGUUAUAGCUUCA